AUUUCAUGGACACAACAAAACCCACGUUGCCUUGAAUGCGGUCGAAAGUUGAAACUCGAAACCUUCGGUUUAGGACACAAUCACACAACACUGUUUUAUUUUCGUUUCAAACCUCUCGCUGUCUUCAAAUUUGCGAUCUCUUUGGCUUAGUAAAUUAUAGUUCGUAAACAAAUCAAGGGUACAAAUUCGCUUUUUUCUUCCCCAGGAGAAAAUAGAUGAUGCUUUGAAUUAAACGCGCCAUGAGUUCUUUGAAUCAGCUAGCGCGGCUCGUGAAUGGACUUGCCUUAGUCGCUAAAGAGUUUGCUAAACGCUCCCAGACGAUCGAGCGCGCCAAAAGUGGCGAUCUCGAAACCCUAAUAGUUUCUUCCCUAAAAAACGCUCUAGUUUCGGCUACGGACCUGACGGGCUUAACUAAAGGGAAGGUACGUGAGUUUUCCAAGCCUGGGCCCAAAGAAUCAGUCGUCUACUUCAACAGCAACAGUGACGGCGGUGGCGAAGACGUUGUAAAUUCUUCCUGGAACGACACCGCAAGUGCGGGCCUUACCAUCGAUGAAAAGGUCGAUUCUGAGGAAGGCGUUAGUCAUAACGGUCAACCGAUUGUUGAGGAGAAAGUUGUUAAUGAUGGGUUGGAGAGAGGACGUGAAUUCAAUUCGGACAAUAAGAGCUUUGUGGACGGUGCCGAAGUGGUGACAACGACAGCAGAUGCGCCAGUACCUGUGAAGAGACGGAGGCCAAGAGAAAUGAAGGUUCCCGCUACUCCAUUUUCUAGAGCAUUUGGCUUUGCUGCAUUAGGAGCUGGUCUUGCUUGGGGAACAGUUCAGGAAUCUGCCAAGAGGCUUGUUUAUGGUUCUCCAAACUCAAAUGAAAAGCAGUCUGCUGUUUCACCAUUCUUGUCCGAAAAAAACGCAGAAAGAUUGGCUCUUGCAUUAUGUAGGAUGCGUGGGGCCGCUCUUAAAGUCGGACAAAUGUUAAGCAUACAGGAUGAAUCCCUUGUUCCAGCUCCGAUAUUAGCUGCGCUGGAUAUUGUGCGUCAAGGCGCAGAUGUGAUGCCAAGGAGCCAGCUCAAUCAAGUUUUAGAUGCUGAACUUGGUCCUGGUUGGUCCACAAAGCUGACUAGCUUUGAUUAUGAACCCUUGGCUGCUGCAAGUAUAGGCCAGGUUCACAGAGCCGUCACGAAGGAUGGUAUGGAGGUAGCAAUGAAAAUUCAGUACCCUGGUGUGGCAAAUAGCAUUGAGAGUGACAUUGAGAAUGUCAAACUUCUAUUAGAUUAUACAAAUUUAAUUCCUAAAGGACUGUAUCUUGACAGAGCAAUGAAGGUGGCUAAAGAAGAAUUGUCUCGUGAAUGUGACUAUCAUUUGGAAGCAUCCAAUCAGAAAAGAUUCCGUGAUGUGCUAUCUGACCGUGAGGGAUUUCAUGUUCCACUUGUUGUGGAUGAUAUUUCAAGCAAAAGAAUUUUGACCACAGAACUUGUUUCGGGAGUUCCGAUUGACCAGGUUGCAUUGCUAGACCAAGGAACUCGUAAUUAUGUUGGGAGAAAGCUGCUGCAACUGACAUUAAUGGAGCUUUUUGUAUUCCGCUUUAUGCAGACUGAUCCUAAUUGGGGUAAUUUCCUAUUUGAUGAGGCCACCAAAACAAUCAAUCUCAUCGACUUUGGAGCAGCCCGCGAUUUUCCUAAACGAUUUGUUGAUGACUAUUUGAGAAUGGUUAUGGCUUGUGCAAAUAACGACAGAGAAGCUGUUACCGAGAUGUCACAGAGACUCGGAUUCCUCACAGGAAUGGAAUCAGAUGUAAUGUUGGAUGCUCACGUUCAAGCUGGUUUUGUUGUGGGAUUGCCGUUCUCCAAGGCCGGUGGCUAUGAUUUCCGCUCAACUAAUAUUACUCAAAGCAUUUCGAACCUCGGGGCAACGAUGCUGAGGCACCGCCUUACCCCACCCCCAGAUGAGGCCUACAGUCUUCAUCGAAAACUGUCUGGUGCUUUCUUGGCUUGCAUUAAGCUAGGGGCCGCAGUACCGUGCAGGGAAUUGUUACUUGAACUCUAUGAGCACUACCAUUUCGGGGACGAUGAGGAGACUUUAUCAAGUGCUGCUUCAGUACCUUGAUGAUGAGAUUAUAUAGUUUCCAGAUUUUGAUUGUCCGACACAUUUGUAAUAAAACUUUAGGGAUGUAAUCGGCCAAAGUGCACAUCCCAUUCAGGAAA